GAGAAAGUGGUGCAUCGUUGAAGAUGAACUCAGAUCUCGUUCCUCCUGCCCGUCACCACAUCCCCACCCAGAAGCCCCUGAGCAACACUGAGGGAGAAGCUGUAGUGAAGGCUUGAAACCACUCCACGCUGCACAAGGCAAACAUUACCCUUUCAGCAAAACUGAUGCAGUGCUGGAUGUUUGCUGUCGCCAAUUGCCCCUAUCAGGUUUACUAGCAGGGAUGCAAUAAUAGCAGCAAGCUGCUGAAGGACCAGCCGUCCUGUUAUGGUACAGUCCGGCACACUGGGACCAUCAUCUCCAUGGAGGUGACUGGAUACCAGCGAGUGCAAUGGCGAGUAAUUCUCUGCCAUAUUCUUACUGUGCUGACGGUGGGAAUAUUGUGGGUCAUCUUUCACUGGAAGCCAGUUCUGGAAGUGCUUGUUAAAUGCCACCCCUGUCAUCUGAGCCAGUCUGACUGGGUCAUAAUAAAGGAUUCAUUUAACCAGCAAUUCGUAGCCAAAGUUUGGAGAGAAGAGAUAGAGGAUGACAGUUUUCCUCAUCCAGUUCAGCCUAGUGAUGAUGAGAAUCGAAUUAAUUUAGCCAUAGGAGUGCUUGAGGAUGAUUGGAAGGACACUAUUCAACUUCAGAAACAGGAGGAGAAAAAUGUGAUUCGUUACUAUAUGUUUGAGGGGUUACGCUACAUUUGGAUUGAGAAGAGACAAUGCUUCUGCAAGCUCAGCGUUCUUGAAGAAACGCUGACCUGUGGAGACAUUCACAGGCAACAGAGGGGACUCAGCCGUCAUAACCAAAACUCAAAAAGACGGGUGUAUGGACCAAAUAUAAUUGAUGUGCCUGUAAAGUCAUACUUUAGGCUACUAAUAGAGGAGGUGCUGAAUCCUUUCUACGUUUUCCAGAUCUUCAGUAUUAUACUUUGGAUCACAGAACAAUAUUACUACUAUGCUGGGUGCAUUCUGCUCAUCUCCGUAAUAUCCAUUGGUAUAUCCCUGUACCAGACACGCAAGCAAAGUGUAACACUACGGGACAUGGUGAAACUUACAGUCAAUGUGCGGAUCCACCGGGAAACUGGAGAAGAGGAAAUGGUGAAUUCUCAGGAUUUAGUACCCGGUGACUGCAUUGUGAUUCCUGAAGAUGGGAUUCAAGUCCCAUGUGAUGUAGUCCUCCUAACUGGAGAGUGCAUGGUUAAUGAGAGCAUGCUUACAGGUGAGAGCAUACCAGUGAUGAAGACUCCAUUACCCGAUGGGGACAUGUACUAUUCACCUGAAGAACACAAACGGCACACACUCUUCUGUGGAACUGAGGUCCUUCAGUCAAAGACCUACAACAUGGAUCAGCAGGUGGUGGCUGUAGUAGUCAGAACAGGCUUUUGUACUACUAAAGGAGAACUGAUCAGUUCCAUUCUGUACCCAAAACCUCUAGGAUUUAAGUUCUACAAAGAUGCUGUGAAAUUUAUCAUCUUCCUUGCAACACUCGCUCUGAUUGGAGACAUAUACAGCAUUGUGAUUUUGGAGAGGCAGAAGGUGUCAGUAGGACGAUUGGUGAAACGUGUCCUAGAUCUGAUCACUAUUAUUGUUCCACCUGCUCUACCUGCUGCAAUGACUGUUGGGACAAUAUACGCCCAGAACAGAUUGAAAAAACAUGGGAUAUUCUGCAUUAGUCCACUGCGCAUCAACAUCUGUGGCAAACUAAAAGUCAUCUGCUUUGAUAAGACUGGAACACUUACAGAAGGAGGCCUGGACGUUUGGGGAGUUGUACCUGUAGUGAACAAGACUUUUGAGCCAAUUAUUCAUGACAUCCGACAUGUUAGUGGUCCAAUGCUCCAUGCUUUAGCCACCUGUCAUAGUGUCACCCUUUUGGACAAUCAACCAAUUGGAGACCCCCUUGACCUUAAGAUGAUCGAAUCAACUGGUUGGAUUCUGACAGAUGAGAUUACAAAUUCAGAUGCUGUUUCAAAAUUUGGAAUGAAAGUUGUGGCCAUUGUAAAGCCUCCAUUGUUAGAAGAACCGUCUUCUGGAAGUCAGAAACAAGAGAUGAAUUUGGGGAUUCUUCGCCGUUUUCCCUUUGCUUCAUCACUUCAGAGAAUGAGUGUGAUUGUAAAGAAACCAGGAAAUUUGCCAAUAGAAGCGUAUUUGAAGGGAGCACCUGAGAUGAUUGCGAGUCUCUGUAUAAAGGAAACAGUUCCUGCUGAUUUCUCAGAAAUGUUAAGGUACUAUGCCAGAGAUGGGUACAGAGUUUUGGCACUUGCAUACAAAACACUAGAAGACAUUACCUUUGAGGCAGUGCAUAAGCUAGAAAGGAAUUUUGUGGAUAGUGAGGUGACAUUCCUAGGAUUCCUCAUCAUGCGAAAUAUCUUGAAGCCAGAAACGAAGCCCAUCAUUGAGCGCUUGAAUCGAGCCAAUUUUCGUACUGUUAUGGUGACAGGAGACAACAUGUUAACAGCUCUCAAUGUUGCCAGGAAUUGUGGGAUGGUGGGUUUGAAUGAUAGAGUCAUUUUUACCAAUGCUUCCCCGCCCAUUCGUGAUAAACCUGCUUGUGUGAAAUUCCUGCUAUCAGAACCAGCACCAGGUCAGCAGAAUGGAACGGAGCAGCAACAAUCUGGGAAUAAUUUUCUAGAGCAGUCUUCCUAUCACUUUGCACUAAAUGGAAAGUCGUUUGCAGUGGUUUAUGACUAUUUCCCAGAUCUCCUACAAAAGAUUCUGAUUCGAGGUACUGUUUAUGCCCGAAUGGCUCCAAAUCAGAAGACACAGCUAGUGGAGAGUUUACAGAAGUUGGAAUACAGUGUAGGAAUGUGUGGAGAUGGAGCCAAUGACUGUGGGGCUUUGAAAGCUGCAGAUGCAGGAAUCUCUCUCUCAGAAGCUGAGGCCUCUGUGGCAUCCCCGUUCACUUCAAGAAUAGACAACAUUGAGUGUGUACCAAUGGUGAUUCGGGAAGGACGAGCCUCUCUUGUCACAUCGUUUGGAGUUUUCAAAUACAUGGCCAUGUACAGCAUGAUCCAGUUUGUUUCUGUGUUAAUAUUAUACACAAUCAACUCGAACUUGGGCGAUUGGCAGUACCUGUACUUUGACCUGGUUAUCACAACGAGUGUGGCCGUCCUCAUGGGUCGAACGGGGCCUGCAAAAGAGCUAGUGGCACAAAGGCCUGUGGGGAGUCUGAUUAAUGUUUCAAUCCUCGGCAGCCUGCUAUUACAGACCUUGCUGGUUAUACUGAUUCAGGUCCUCACCUACACAGUCACUACUGCUCAGACCUGGUUUGUUCCUCUAAAUGGCAGCUCUUCGAACAAACUUCCGAACUACGAAAACACUGCUUUGUUCUGUGUAUCUGGGUUCCAGUACCUCAUUCUGGCAACGGUACUUUCCAAGGGUCACCCCUUCCGCAAACCGCUCUAUUCUAAUGUGUUGUUCCUGCUUUCUUUGAUUCUGCUGUACACUCUAAUGGUAUUUCUGACACUUUAUCCACUCCAAUUCGUCUGCCAGAUUAUGCAGUUGAUGCUCAUCGCUGAUGUGAAAUUUAAAUUUUUGCUGCUGGGAUUUGCAGCAUUGCACUUUGUCACUUCUCUUCUAUUUGAGGGAUUUAUAGACAGCGGAUUAUUAAACCAGUGCUUACGGCCCUUGUGCAAGAAAAAAUACUCCAGAAAACUAUAUAAGAGACUUGAGAAAGAACUCUGCCAAAAUUCUGCAUGGCCUCCCCUUGAUGAAGUUAUAUAUGCUGAAUCAGGAAGGGUUGUCCACUUUGAAUGACACAUUCUACAGAAGCGAGCAAAAGGAGUAGGGCCAGUUUACAACAACAAAAUUUGCGACAGCUACUAAUUUAUGCAUCUGGAAACAAAUCUGAAACAUGUAGCCCUUCCCCAUAUUCCCUAGGAGGAAAAUGUAUGGUGGGUUUUGAACGGACCAAGCCGGAAUUUCCCCUUUGAAUACCAUCUCCAGUAUGAGAGAGACAGGGCAUUCUGCCAACUCUAGGAUAAAUCAGCUGUUUUUGGCAUUCAAAGACUUUUUUUAAAGCUUCUAAUUUCCCCAUAUUGUGGGAAGCAGAAUUCUUAAAAUUGCCUGUAGUAAAUUAUUGCAUUAUUUAUUUAUAUAUUAUGCUUUGCAAAGAUUUUUAACCGAAAAGUGGUAGGGAAAAUACACCUUGGGCUCUAACAGUGUGUGUUGAUAAGUAGGUACUUGUUGUUUGAAAGCCUGGAUGGAAGGUUGUAACUCCAGAUGGGUUAGCCCCUUCCAUCUGGGUAUUGAUUCAUAAACUCAUGGAUGAAUGAUGGAAGGUAAUCUUGGCGUGUUUCCUAAGUUUGUAAAAUUUCUCCACUUUAUAUUUCCUCUUCUCUCAUUAUGCAAGUAAAUGCUCAGCAGAGGUAUAGUUCCAUAGGUGCUUGUAGCCUUCACACACUUAAUUAGUAGCCAUUUCACAUUUUUUAUUGUGUCCUGGGUUGGGGAAGGGGGUGAAUUUGCUUCUUCACUUGAUCCUGCUAUCACCCAGAAUUCUCAAAGCAGUUGGAGUGCUGAAUUUUGCCCCUUCUUCCUGUAGCCCAGGAUGUUGGGGCUAAUUAGUUUCCUAACAUCAGACUAAAGGUUAAACCUGGGUCAAGUAAUUGUAUUUAUUUCUGGAUCUUUUGGGUAAGUAAUGUAUGCUGACUGCACAGAGACACCUAGAUUCUUAGAGAAGGGUUUAAACUGUAAAAUAGAUCAUAAUUACCAACUCAAAUUAUGUUUAUAAUCUAAGAUUACUUCAUUGUGAUUUAGAUGGGAACAAAUUAAUUUUCAAGUUCACUUAGCUUUAAGCAAUAAUAUACAAUUUUUUUAAAAAAUCUCUAAUUCUGGAUUUAAAAUGCUCCUUUUUGUAAAUGUCAGUGUAGCAAACAAAACCAACAAAAAUGUAUCAGUGAUAAUGGGAACUGCAGAUGCUGGAGAAUCCAAGAUAACAAAGUGUGGAGCUGGAUGAACACAGCAGGCCAAGCAGCAUCUCAGGAGUACAAAAGCUUACG